GAACCAGAUGAGAACGGCAUCCUCAAAUUCGCACCCGUGCCCUAAAUGCAGUGGUGAAGCUGUCUCCCUCUCCACAGCGACCGCGACUGCGGCGUGUACCUUGGCGAGAGCCGGCAGCGGCGGCGGCAUUUUCCUCCGUCGACCUCUUAUCGCUGCGGCGUUUUCCUCGGCGAACGGUGGAUGCUGCGGCUUCCUCUCCGUCGGCGAACAGUGACAGCACCCGGUCCUAAGGGACCAUGGGAGGCUUCGGGGAGGCUGACCUUUGUGGACGGACACGCAAGGGUACCGCACGCGGGCUGACAUAGCGGCGUUGUCGUCUGGCACCACCACUGCUGUUCGUCACCACAGAUUAGAACAUUGCCACACCAGAAAAUUUCAACAGAAAACCCCAAAUGAUCCAAAGGACCUGACUCACACUAAGGGAUAUAGGACGCUUGGUAGUGUCUAAAGUUUAGACACUAAACCCACCAACUACAAUAGAAAAAUAAGUGGAAUUUAGUGUCAGUGCGCAGGUGUUAUUUGAAGCCAUUAUUUCAGUGUGGAGAAUUGCUUGGAUGUGAGCAUGAGAAUGAGUAACUAAUCAUAGGUACACUUUAUCAAGUCACAAACACCUUUUAGAGACUUAUCUCUGAAAGAAAUGGCUGAUUGGAACUGAUUGCAUGUGGAUUAACAUGAUUGGUAGAGGAAUGUUGUCUGAGACAGAUGAUUAGUUGAAAGUUUUCAACUUCCUUGAUUUGAGGCAGAGGAAUUUGGAUUGGAGAGGGCAGAUAUAAGACUACUUUUCUUGUAUUUUUCUGCAAACAGUACGUGAUACUGCCUCAAAAGACAAUGUUUUUGGUGCAGAAGAGGCUCUCUUGCCUUCUCUCAUGUAACAAGUCCACGAUCCAUCUUUCCUCCUAUCAACACUGCAGUCUGUUUAGCUUUUCCACUGCCGAAGAUCACAGUUCAAAUCAUAGAACCAAAUUUAUGUUGGUCGACCCCCUUCAGUCAUGUGAACUUUCCUCAAAAGAGGCUGCAAAAAUGGCCAAGGAUCGCAUCUGUGAAAAAAAACUUCCAAGUUCAAGUCCUUCCAUUGAGUUCUUUAAGCAGAGCGGUUGGAGUGAUGCACAAGUCACGAAGCUUAUCAAGUGGGCACCCAAUUUGCUACAUGCUAAUGUAGAGACUGCCCUGAAGCCCAGGAUGAGAUCUUUCAAGGACAUGGGAUUUUCUGACACUGAAAUAGUUCAGCUGGUUUCAUUAUGUCCGAAAGCGCUCGUUUUACGUGACAUCAAACCGAGGAUCAACUUCUGGAGGUCACUAUUAGGUUCGAAUGAGAGGCUUCUGAAAGCCUGCAAGAGGAACAAGUUUAUUCUUAGUUAUAGCUUGGCUCGGACGAUAGAACCUAAUAUAUCUCUCUUGAGGGAACAUGGCAUCAGUGACGAGCGUAUCAUGCAUAUGGUGGUGACAAUGCCAGGCUGUUUUGGUCGAAUAGACAAAUUAAAGGAGGUUAUCAAAUAUAUUGAGGAAUUGGGUGUCCCACGUGACUCUGGAGUAUAUAUGUGUGCACUUCAUGUAGUCAUGCGCAUGAACAAAUCUAGUUUUGAUUCUACCAGUGCAACUCUGAUGAGCUUUGGUUGUUCCCAGCCUGACAUCGUUGCUGCAUUCAGGAAGUGCCCAAACGUUUGGGCACUCUCAAACAAGACCAUAUGUGACAAGAUGACAUUCCUGAUGAAGGAAGCUGGUUUUGAGCUGACAUCUGUCAUUUGCCGUCCCGUGAUUCUUACACUCAGUUUGGAGAAGAGGCUGAGACCUCGAUAUGAGGUUAUGAAUUUUCUUAAGCAGAAUAAAUUGUUGGAUGAAGGACAUAGUCUACUAUCCGUCAUACCACUAUCUGAGGAGAAGUUCAUAAAGAAAUAUCUUUUCCGGCACAAGGAGAAAUUUACUUCUCUCUAUGAUUCCUAUCUUGCUGCUGUGCAGGGAAAGCCACACGUUGUUCCUUGAAACUGAAACUUUAAAUUAAAACGAUCAACUUCAUACUGAUGGCACUAUUUAAUUAUCUCAAAUUUUGUGACAUUAUAAAUUCUCCAGGAGUUUCUUGUUGUAUAACAUCCGUGCUGAUUUUGAGAUUCUUUUUUUA